GAAAUUCUCUAUUAUCCCCCUUGUUUGGUCACAUGGGGGUUUUCCCAUUUAGGAACCAAAGCGAGGUCAAAGCCACGUAAUGGCGGUCGAAAGAAAGACGAAGAGUCGGCGCAAAAUGGACGAGGUGCAGGAGAAGCCCUCGAAGGAGGAGUAUGCUGUUGCCAAGUUUCUCCGAUUCGGUGUUCCGACCAGACAAGGGAGGCUGGUGGGGAUGACAGUACAGUGCUUCUUUGCCAAUAAAGCGGUGGACGCUCUGCUGGAGUCCAAGUGGUCGAAGCAGGCCAAGGAGCCUCUGUUCACCAACCGGUCAUCCUGUGUGGCAUUCUGUAACAGGCUGCUACAGAAGGGGCUCUUCCACCGAGCAGAGAAGGUACAGCGAAGCAAGGACCGAGACAAGACCAAGAAGAAGAAGAAACUCAAGGAAGGGGAGAAGGAUGAAGAAAGCAAUGAGGAGACAGUUCGGGAGAGAAAGAAAAAGGAAAAGAAGGGAAAGAAAGAUGGAGACACAGAGAAAGAAGAAAAGAAAGAAGAAGUAGAAAAGAAGGAAGAAGGAGACAAGAAGGAGGAGAAGAAACCAGAGAAGGAAGAAGAAAAGAAGAAGAAGGAGAGGAAACUGAAGCUUAACAUGCAUGACGACCAGCGGUUCGUGGAUGGAGACGAGGUGUAUGUGUGGAUAUAUGAUCCCGUCCCACUCAAGACCUUCCUCAUCGGCCUUCUCAUGGUGUUUGGUGCCACGGCUCUCUGCCUGUUCCCGCUGUGGCCGGAGGAGGUGCGGAUCGGGGUCUACUAUCUCAGUCUGGCUGCUGCUGGCUUCGUGGGCUUCAUCCUCUCACUUGUUGUUGUUCGCCUUAUAUUAUUCUGCCUGGUGUGGGUUGUAUCUUUCGGAAAACAUCACUUCUGGUUCUUACCAAACUUGACAGAAGAUGUUGGUUUCUUUGACUCCUUCAAACCUCUUUAUAAACACGAUUACUUCGGCAAGGAGUCAAACCCAGACAAGGAGGAGGAGAAGCAGGACAAGGAACUGACCGGGAAGGAUAAAGAAGAAAAGGUUGGACCCGGAGAAGCAAAGAAGGAAGAAAUUGAAAAGGAUGAAAAUUCUGGGAGUGAUAAAAGUGAAAAUGGGGAAUUCGAACUUGUGGAUAAGGAUGAGCUUACUGGAGAAGAAAUUGCAGGAAAUGAGGAAGUUCAGGAGGAAAAUGAUGACGAGAUUGAUGAUGAAGAUAAUGACUUUGAUGAUGAAGACGAUUCAGAAGACGAAAACACUGAGGGAAAGAAAGAUAAAUAAGUUUACAAUGAUGAACUCAGGAUUUGAUGAAGUUUAUACAUGUUCAGGGCUGGUAGCAAAGACUUUGAGGUAAAGAAACCUGGAUAUCAUGUCAUUAAGAACGUUAAAUGUUCAACUUCAUCAAAUGCUGACACUAUUUGUUUUAUUGGGGAUAUCUGACUAUGUUGUAUAAGCAACUUAUACAUGUUUAGGUUGUUGUAUAUGAUUAGGUAAGCAUCUUUGAAACAAUGUUAUAUAUCAAAUCUGUAACACUGUGUCUGUUAAAUAAAGAAUGAUUAUCA